AGAGCAUUUGUGUAUCAUUGAUCUUGUCUAAUCGGUUUUUCUUUCUUUUUUUUUUUUUUCAGAACUUGUAACUUUUUGGGUCUCCCGCUUCCUGUCUUCUUCCACCAUGUCGAUGCCUGCUAGCACUGCCAACUGGCAUUGGAAAAACAAGAACGUGACGCCCUGGGCGAAAACUUGGUUUGAGCGCGAGCUCACAAGCGUCACGAUCCAAGGUGAUGGUUCAGAGGAGAAAGUGUCUAUCACGAGCGUAAUCGAAGUGGAUGGCGAUGUCGAGCUUGGCCAGCGCAAGUCAAAGUACGUCACGCGUUCGUUCUUGCACAGACUAAAGAAACUUCUCCCUGACUCUCCACGCAGGUUGAUCACGAUAUACGAUUGCAGGAUUGACCUUGACUGGUCAGGCACAGCGAGUGAUGGGACUGAAGUCAAUGGGAAAGUAUCGAUCCCGGAAGUGUCUCAUGAAAACACACUGGAUGGGCACUCGGAUUACAUCUAUGAUUGGUCUCUGAAAACACAAUCCAGUCCAGCUGUCGAUGCCCUUUACAAGCUCGCAAGAGCUCGUUUGCCUGCCGCGCUCGAGGCCAAGUUCGCUCAGUUUCCAGUUGCUCUCAUUGAUACACACGGAAAGGAUCUUACUGUGAGCACAGAGGCAAGUCGAACGGGCACGCCCGCACCGUCAACUGUUCCAGCGGCAACCUCCACGUCUACAGCUGCUGCUCCGGUUCCGGCACCAAAGAGUGUUCCAGAAAAGAAAGUUGCUUUGAACACCUCUCGUGUCAAAGCAGAAGCGAGGUUCAUGGCAGCGGCAGACGAUCUGUUCAGUCUCCUCACGGACGAGAAGCGUAUUCCGAUGUGGACUCGCGCACCAGCACAGGUGGGAGCUGUUCAUUUUUGUUUUCGUCUACCUUAUAGAUUUAUAGAAUCAUUAACUGGUUUAAUCCGCUGUUGUCUUCCACGCCUAUUGUCUGCUGUAUUCUACGGGUCAUUCCAUUAGUCGAGUGCGCAAGCUGGCUCUGACUUCUCGCUGUUUGGUGGAGGUGUCAAGGGUAAAUAUAUUUCCCUGACGCCACCAAAGGAGAUCGUCCAGUCUUGGGCUUUGCAAAGUCCAACUUGGCCCUCAGGUCACUCCGCAACUUUGACUACGACGCUCGAUCAAUCAUCCGACUCUACGAAGAUAACGUUUGCCCUCGACGGAGUGCCGUCUGGUCUGGAAGAUGAAAUCACCCGGAAUUUGGAGGGUUACUACGUUCAUGGCCUCAAGUCUAUCGGUUGGGCACCGUUCUCUGACGGCUCGACUUCAAGCCUAACCGCACAAGGGACCGAAAUAAUUACAGAAGCAAGAAGGCAAGAUAAGAAGUUUCUCAGUGCUAGAUCGACUGUAGGGUUUAUUGAUGAGUUUGUACAUUGCGUGCCAUGUAGUGUACUAGAAAAGGGAUAGAAAUGAAAUAGUUACAUGUACUUUUUGCCUCCUUUGAAUUUUUGCAGAACGGUUUUGGUGUAAUAGCGAAGUGGUCCAACCCUAACCCGAAAUACAUAGGCCAAACACAAAUUUACAUUCCCGCCACCUGUGCACUUGUUCUGUUCGAGUUCCAAGUCCAUUACAUUUUCCUUCGUUCCUUCACAACCAUUUUACUUGUCUGAUACCAUGGCUGCUGUUGAGGAAAUCCGUGCGACUUCAUAUGUUGGUUUCGACUCCAUCACUCAGCAGAUUGAGCACAAGCUUUUGAAGCGUGGUUUCCAAUUCAAUGUCAUCGUCGCUGGACAAACUGGUCUUGGCAAGUCGACAUUGAUCAACACCAUUUUUGCUUCCCACUUGAUCGACUCGAAGGGUCGCUUGGAGUCUGAUGAGCCUGUCAGACAGACGACGGAAAUUCAAGCAGCUUCGCAUGUCAUUGUUGAAAAUGGUGUUAAGUUGCGACUGAACAUUGUCGAUACCCCUGGUUAUGGCGACCAAGUGAACAAUGAGAACUGCUGGGAUCCCAUUGUGAAGUAUAUCAAGGAUCAACAUAGCGCAUACCUGCGCAAGGAGCUCACUGCCAUGCGUGAUCGUUACAUUCAGGACACGCGUAUUCACUGCUGCCUGUACUUUAUCAACCCUACCGGUCACUCGCUCCGUCCCAUAGAUGUAAUUGUGAUGAAGAAGCUUAGUGAAGUUGUCAACGUUGUGCCUGUUAUUGCGAAGGCGGACAGUUUGACGCUCGAGGAAAGGGAGGCAUUCAAGCAGAAGAUUCGGGCUGAACUUGUUUACAACAACAUUCGCCUGUAUCCCUUUGACACUGACGAAAACGACGAGGAGGAGAUUCAGCUGAAUGAAUCUAUUCGGAGCAUGAUUCCUUUCGCCGUCGUCGGUUCGGAACGUAGCGUUAUCAUUGAUGGCAAAUCUGUCCGUGGUCGCAAGAACCGUUGGGGUGUUGUCAACGUUGAAGACGAGAGCCACUGCGAGUUCAUGCACUUGCGAAACUUCCUCACGAGGACUCACCUGCAAGACCUGAUAGAGACGACCGCCCAAAUCCACUACGAGGCAUUCCGUUCGAAACAGUUGAUUGCUCUCAAAGAGGGAGUUGCGCAGCGUCCUCCUGUCAACUAAUAGAUGCUGUGCUUCUCAUUCAGAUUCUAUGUGAGUAAAAUUACCGUUGCCAUACCCUCUCGCUCCCGUCUACUCUUGUACUGUGUCUUCGCCUUGGAUAAUGAGAUAUUCCCUUCAGCGUACCUUCUUUGACUGUCUCUCACACUCGUUUACUCUAUAAACAAUGCUUUUCACAUUCUU